AUGAAGAAGCCCGCCGCGUGCCCCCUGGGCAAGUAUGAGUGGUCGCGCGUCGUCGCGUUCUGCGGGCGCCUCGCGCGCGGCGACGCGCGGCGGCAGCUCCAGGCCCUCGCGUGCGCGAGCCGCGGCCUGAGCGCGGGCCUCGGCCGCAGCCCGGCCUGGGUCCACGCGGCGGCGGCCCUCGGCCGCGACGCGCCGCCGGAGGCGGCGCGAGCGAUCGUGCUCGAGAGCGUCGCGUACCGCGCCACGACCGCCGCGGGCCUCUACCUCAACAGCCUGCUGGGCAGCGGUUUGGACGUCCGGCCGUUCGACGUCGCGCUCGACGACGGCUUCGCGUUCGCGCUCACCGCGGCGGGCGACGCGACGAUCGCGCCGCGCCGCCGCCGCCGCCGGCGGCGCCCGGCGACCUGGCGCCGCUUCUCCGCGACGGCGUCCAAGGCGGGCCUCCACACGGAGGUCGCGGGCGCCGUGCGGGCGGGCCGCGACGACGCGGGCCUGCCGGGCGGCGCGGUCUUCUGCGCCCUGCGCGAGCGCUCCGCGACGGGCGACUUCUGGAACCCGGCCCAGUCGAACCCCUACGGCACGGAGGUCUGCCCCUGCGAGUACCGCGGCUUCGUCGUCGGCGCCGCCUUGGUCGGCCUCUGCGGCUUCACGCUCCACCCGCUCUGCGAGCGCCGGUGCAUCGGCUGCUUCGCCCUGCGGCUCCCGGACGCCGCGCCGCGGGCCGGCCCGAGGCCGCGGCGGUCCUGGGCGCGGUGCCGCUUCGUCGGCGCGGGCGUCGCCGCGCGCGGCAAGCGGAUGGCGUGCGAGACGCUCUCGACCUACGCGAUGAAGGACGGCGCGGUCCUGCUCGACGACUGCGCGCCCCUCAAGGCGCGCCUGGGCGACGCGGGCGACGUCGGGCGCUGGGGCGGCGCCCUGCGGCGACGACUCGACGCCGCCGUCUUCGGCCACCUGCGGCUGCAGCAGCCCUUCGACAGGGAGACGGGCCCGCCGCGGCGGAACAGCACGGCCGUGCCGCUCCGGGGCGCGCUCACGCCCGGCGCCGGCGGGUCGUGGCGGCUCUGGGCGACGACGGACCGCGGCGGCGUCGGCACCGCGCUCCGGCCGUCGCCCCCGGCGCGCGACGCCGCGCCGUCGUCGCCCGCGGCGGAGGCGUGCCGCCGGCUCUGGGGCGACGCGGCCUUCGGCUUCGAUCUCAGCGUCGCGCCGCGGGACGGCGCGACCUUCGAGCUCACGGCGACGCUCGACGCCGACUUCUCGACGAUCACCGCGGUCUUCCGCCACAACGAGGGGCACCCGUCCUUCGCCACGACGGACGGCGCCCUCGCGCUGGCCUUCGAGGAGGAAACGAUGACGGAGAUCUACGAGGCCGUGAAGAACACGGCCGCGGACCUGGAGGCCGAGCCCGUGCUGCGCUUCGCGGAGCUGGCGGCGUCGCUGCUGUCCUGGACGCUCAUGGCGUCGGCGUACCGCGGCAACUACGACGGCCUCUACGAGUACAGCAACUACACGCCGCUCAACUUCCUGCUCGCGACCGCGCUGCUCCAGUCGCUCUUCGUCGUCGCCGUCGUCGUCGCGAAGCGGCUCGCGGCGGAGCAGGCGGCGCUCGUGGACCGGGUCGAGCUCUUCGGCACCCAGGGCGUCUUCGUCGGCAUCGUCCUGGGCUUCGUCGCCGGCGCGGCGAGCAGCACGCAGCUCCACGACGAGUUCGGCGGGUCCUCCGUCUGCGAGCCGCACGGCGUGAGCCACGGCCAGAAGGACAAGGCCGCCGACUUCUGCGGCCACGUCGACGCCGCCGUCGCCUUCGCCUUCUUCGCCGCCGCGGCCGCGGGCGGGUCCCUCUACGUCGUGUUGAAGUCGCGCGGGCUCCACGGCGGCUUCCGGCCCGAGACGGACCCGGAGGACGUCGCGCCCAACUCCUACAACCCCAUCGGCCGCCAGGACGGCCGCACCUUCGAGCCCUUCCACGGCGGCACGGCCAUGGAGGGCGUCGGCCCCGGCGACGUCAAGCACGACGCCGCGGUCGACCUCUAA